UUUGUCAUUACAUCGUGUAAGAUGGAGAGCAUGGCCGUAGUUCCCUGGCGCUACCAGAACCCUCAUGCUAAUGAGAAAUAUAGCGCCUCACGAAUUUUCUCGGUUGCUGGACAUACCAUUGAGCUGCACCAAGACCCCAAUGCAAGUAUUGAUCUGCAUUCGCAUACUGGCAAUGUUGUCUGGGACAGUGCAUACAUUCUAGCCAAAUUCAUCUCCGAACAUCUCUCUCUUGAAGGGAAAACAGUUCUUGAAUUGGGCAGUGGUACAGGUCUUAUUGGCAUAUCUGCUUGGAUCGCGGCCGCUAAAUUAGUCAUUCUCACCGAUAUAUCGGAUACCUUGGAAUUAACAAAGAGAAAUGUUGAAACCAACAGUCAGCGGAUCUGUGCCUCUGCUCCUGCGACGGGACAUGCCAAGAACUCCAUCCAGGUCAUGUCGUUGACAUGGGGAGAAACGGACCGGUCCCAGUACAAGUUUACUUCUGAUUAUCCUGACUACAUUUUUGGAAGCGAUAUUGUGUAUCUCAAAGACACUUUCAAUGCUUUAUGUCAAACACUGCAUGCAUUCAGUGGCCCAAACACACGGAUUUUCUUGGCGUACAAAAAACGAGGAUUGAUGGAGAGCGAUUUUUUCGCUAUUGCUCGGGAUAUGGGGUUUGACGUGCAGAAGGUCGCGAGAAAUAAAAUAUAUGUAGAAUUCCGAUCUUCUCUCGAAUACAUCAUCGUGGAGAUGAGAAAGACUCAAUGAUAUAAUUCAAUACGUGGACUCCGAUGAAUAUAUACAUAUUAUAUACAACGCAAGUCUUGCUACUGGAUGGGAUUACGUCGGUGAUGUCAACGAUCAAUUUGUUUCUUCUACUACGAUGGGUAUGGAUUGAACCAUUCCGUUCGUGAAAAUGAUUCGGAGCUCGCCUUCAGCUAUUAUAUGCAGGCGAGAUUGUCCAGCUGUGGAGGUCGGUUUAUCAGGCUGUGGUGAAAUACUGGGAAUUGAAGCGCUACCGUCAAUGAAAUCGCCCUUCGCCAACGCAGUAAUCGAGUUGCGCUCUAUUGAGGACGCGGUGGAAAGAGGACGCUCCACAUCAGCCGCUGUAGGGGGACGUGCAGACAUGACGGCAGACGCAUUCACUUCAUUGGUCGUAUCAACAUUAGCCGUCGAAUCUCGUCCAAUAAUGGGUAGCAUCAUGGGCGACGUCAUACUUCCACUUGCUGAUUCGCCGACUACGGGUUUAGAUUCGUCCCAGACUGAGCCAAUCUUGGUGGCUUCACCUGCAUCCUCAGGUGCACCGGGGAGUUGGAUCAUGUUCUCCUCAGAUGGAUCAUCCUGCAUAUUGGGAGAUUCGGAUACCGUCCCUGCCGUUUCGGUAUUACUUGAGGCUGAGUCAGCGGAUGGAUUCUCCGCAUUUGGCUCCUCGGUAACUGCAUCGGAUGAUGCAAGGAAUUCUUGUGCAUCUGGCUCCUGUAUGGUCUGUCCGUCAGAAACUGCAGGCUUGGUGAGUGUUUCCUCUCGAUCAUCGUUCAUAGAUUCCGUCGCUCGACCUUGAGGCACCGAUAGUCUUUGUUCCGUG